AUGGGAGAAAAACAUCAAUGGACCAAUGAGCAUUUGAAAUGCUUAUUGGGGCAUCCGAAGGCUGCUUCAUUGAGAACAAUUUCACUGCCUUUUCCAGAUCUUUAUGCACGUCUUUUUGAUGGAAAUAGUGUCACUGGUAAUUUUAGGAGUUACUCAACCCAAUCAUCAUCGGUAGUUGGAGCAUCCUCUUGUCGUGUUCCACCACUUCAGAUUACCGACACCCAUUUUCUUGGAAUAGAUGAUGAUGGUGAUGACACUUCCCAUUAUGAGCCACCACCUUCUGCUACUUCAACAUAUACUACUUCACCAUCCGGUAACAACAACAAAAGGGCUAAACCCUCAAUUCCUAUAGCCCCUAGUGUCUCACCGUCUGCUUCUUCACCUGAUGGAACUUCUAUUACUACUGACGAUUUAGAAUUUGAAAUGAAAAAAGCUCUACAAAGUUUGAGUAAAGGGUAUACAAUUCCUCAAUGUUUAGAGAAGUUAGAGGUGCUUCAGUUAGGCCCUAUAUAUCUUUUACGCUUUGUUGCAUAUCAUAUUUUUGGAGGGACUAUGAACAUGAGAGAGAUGUGGAUGCAUUUGCCCGAUGUUCCCGAGAGAUUACAAUGA